AUGGCUGCGGCAGAAGGCAACUACAGGGUGGUCGAGUUGCUGCUGGAGGAGGGAGCAGACAAGAACCAGAAGGACCGAUGGGGCAACACUCCCCUGCAGGAUGCUGUGAACGCGAACCAAGGGCCUGUGGUACAGCUCCUUUUGUGGCUAGAGCAUGGGGUCGAUCCCAACGUUAGCGAUUGCGACAUGCGCACCCCCCUUCAUGUUGCAGCCUCAGAGGGAUACGACAAGAUCGUUGAAUACCUGAUAGCCAAAGGAAGCAACGUUAACGUGGAGGACAACAAUUACGAUGCGAUCAUCCUGUCCAACAUCGAGCAGAAGGUCGCGUUCCUGAACCAGAGGAGGAAGACGGAGCACGUGGCUGCGUUCUGCGGAGCAUCAUCGAGAGGGGAACUGGAGAAGAUGCUG